CUGCUCUUUCUGCAUAUUCACCAGAAAGGCACAAUUCAUUUACAAAUCCAUUUACACAAUCUCAUCUGCGCUUAGUGUUUCUCCUUCUCCAUGCAAGGCAAUUUAAAAUAAUAAAAAAUGCUGAACAAGGAGGAUUACCUAAUUUCCCUUUUUGACGUAGUUGAAGGGUUCAACAAUUACUGUACAUUGUACAAGAAGAAACAUUGUAGCACUUUUAUUUUUUCUAGCAAGGUGCUCACGCAAAAUGAGAGAAGUAAGGACACACAAGAUUUUAAAAAAGCCUUUAGCGGCUUUGUAAGCAGAAUAAAAUUUUUACAUUUGCACAUUGUGGAGAAGGGCAGCCCGUAUGAGGAUGUCCAGAGUGCAUGUGUGGGACGGGGUGACAGCAAAAGUGAGGAACCUCGGGGGGAACUGCGUCGCAGGGAGAAAAAUGAUCGUUGCGGGGAGGAAGCCAAAAAUGGAACCGCUCAAAAUGGAACCGCUCAAAGUGGAUUCGCACAAAAUGGACCCCCACAAAAUGGAUCCCCACAAAAUGACACACACUCGAGCGGCGAAGUGAAGCAGCAAUAUGGGGGUGAAAACAAAGUGGACGAAAGGGCAGAAGCGGGGAAGGAUCAAAACACGGAGAAGACAAACGAGGAAGAUCAUAAAAAAAAUUCAGGCCAAACAAACUGCUUCGACUUCCACGAUGUAGAAAGGGAAGGUAGAAAUGAAAGCUACUCGUGUGGGGUCCAUUUGUCACAGUCCGAUUGCAGCUACACGGAUGAUUCACCAAGCAGCACAGACUUGAGCGACGAAAACGGGGACCUAAUUCUUAGCCAAAGAAAUGAGACGCUAAUCAGAUACGUCGUGGGCUUAGACUAUGCGCUAAAUGUGAGGAGAGUGUCCAAGGAAAUGUUAAUAGAAGAAAUAAAGGAGUUUUUUAAAGUUCAUAAUAGCAACGUUAGGCUAAGCGAGUACUCCUCCUUUUUAAGUGACGAAACUAUGGGUAUGUUGAAGAGGAGGGCCAAAAAUGAUGCGGGCGGUGGCCAUGGUGAUUAUUUAAAUGUGCAGAGAAACCACACACCUAAGCAUAAAAAUGUAACCGUCUUUUUCUCCAUCCCCGGGAACUAUUUCUUUAUAAAAAAUUACGAUGACCAGAGCAGGGACGCCCUUUCCACCUCCAACCACACGAACUAUGAGAGAAGCUUAAAUGGCAUUACCCUAUACACACUGUCGAAUAAUUCCUCAAGCAUAAACGGAAACAACUGCAAUUUGUAUAAGGACCAUGUGCUAAGUAGAAAUGACUCUUACAACAAGUUCAGCUCACCAACAUUUGGAAUGGAAGUCGAGCGGCAAAUGUCUCCCAACUUUGGUAUCAUGGAGGAGGAAAACAAAAGCGCACACAGUGGGGGUCACGAAUUUGAGAGCAGUUCCUAUCAACCGAAUGGAGAAAUGGAUCAUGCCUGUUUGACACCCAAUUUGAAGAGUAGUCCGAUGAACCAAAACGAUAUAAAAUUGAACAAAUUCGAAAGAUGCAUUCCAGAAAAGGAGAAUCAUGUGAGCGAUUCUUCCCCUAAUAGCAGUGGCGGUUACAAAAAUCGUGACGGAAAUGGCAAAAGUGCUCCCCAUCAAUCGGAGAAGCACCACACGUAUGAAAUUGACAGCGUGGAGAAGAAAAAAAACAACCUACAUAGCAACACGAGCGAUUUUUAUCAAAGCAUAAGUGACUUUUACAAAAGCAAGGAAAAUGGUAAUAACUCCUGUGAGGAAGGGAGCAACACCUGCAUGAAGAAUAGCUCCCUCUUUUUGAAUAGCAAUGAAACGAGUGUACAGACGAAUGGUAAAAGCUACCAAGAAAAUGAAAAGAACAUAAUUAACCUGUUCUUUGACGACGAGCUGUCAAGUGCCAUAACUAUAAAUAAUGAAUCCUCCUUUGGUAAAGCAGUGGAGAGCUGCAGUAGAAAUCUCCUCCAUGAUAAGGACCCUGCAGAUGUGGAUGGGGGCAAAUCUCAGCAGAGUGAUAAGGAUGUGCCAAGUGAGGAGAACCACCACGCUGGUGUGGAGCAAGCGGUAAAGUACGAACGAGAUGAGCGCAAGUGGCUUGAUGAGUACUGCGAGGGAGAUUACAAUAUGUUUAGGUCAAAACAGAUCAAGAAAAAAAAAGAGCUAACGCUUGGGGGGUCAAAUGGGAUACCUAUAGGAGAAAAAACGGAAAAGGGAUCCCCACAAGAGGAACAAAAGAACGUUAAAACGGACCGAGUUACCAUUUGCCAUGAAGGCAGCCACGUUGGAAGUAGCCACUACAGUGACCCUACCAGGGUUGACCAAAAUUGCUGUGACCACACGUAUAACGCGAUUAACCUAAGGAUCAUAUACGAAAGUAACAAGGGCGAACUGAAUUCCAAGGGGGAAAUCCAUUUUUUCCCAGGGCAGCUAAUUUUGAAUAAAUAUAAAGUGGUAAAAAUUUUGUCCAAAACAAAGUUCAGCACCACGCUUAAGUGUUUAAAUGUGCUAUACAGGAAAAGGAAAGACAGGGGUGAUGCUCACCGUGUAGAUAAUUGCAUGCAGGGUUAUCCUAGGGAGUGUUCAUUGGCACAUGCAAGCGAUUCCUCACUGUUCAACGCUUCUCCCAUUUUAGGAGAUUCUAAAGGGGAAAGAAUCCCACGUGAGAAACCCCAGGAGGGAGUAGAAAAAUGCAUCUCCAAGAGGGAACCCCCUUUUGGAGCCCAAUCUGCGAGGGAUAAAAACUACAAGUACGUCUGCUUAAAGGUGAUGAAAAAUGGAAAGAGCUUCCUAGACCAGGGACUGUUCGAGCUGAUCGUUCUAAACAUGCUAUCGAAUGAAAGUGGCGACUCCCAAAAAAAUGGAAACGGAAAUAAGCACACAAAUAAGAACAUUAUACAACUGUAUGAUUACUUCUACUUUAAAGAACAUCUAAUCAUAGCGACGGAGUACAUGCAGAGCGACUUGUACAAUUAUUUUAUUAAAAAGGGUAAGAUAGGGACUCUAGGGCAGCUACAAAUCUUGGCCAAGAGCCUGCUGGAAGGCUUGGCCUUUAUCCAUUCCAAAAAUUUAAUACACUGCGAUUUGAAGCCUGAAAAUAUUAUGAUAAACAUGAAGAGGGGGAAGAAGAAACUGAAAGGAGUAGACAAAGGGGGGCGCAUAGAAAAGGGUUCCGACUCAGGUUUGGCAACGUUGGGUAGUGCACACAGGAGCAAUUCAUCCGCGCGGAACGAUGUGUGUGUCGCGAAGGAGAACUUCUGCUUCGCAGCUAGGUUGGAGGAAAAACCGGGUAGUAGUACUAGCAGUAGUAGCAGCGGCGGUAGUAGUAGUACCCGCAAGACUCCCGCUAAGGGACACAUCUUUAGCAGCGAAAAGUUUGAAAAAAUAAAAAUAAUAGAUUUCAACAGCUCUAUAUACGAAAGCGACAAGCUAGAAAUGUACGUUCAAACGAGAUCGUACAGAUCUCCAGAAGUUUUACUGCAACAAAAUUACGACAAAAAAAUUGAUAUAUGGAGCUUGGGCUGCAUAUUAUUUGAAUUUCUAACGAAGAAAAUUCUGUUUGAUCAUCAAAAUAUAUAUCGAUUUAUAUACUCCAUAGCGUCCUACAUCGGGCCCUUUCCAUUUUAUAUGAUAAAGGGUUGCCGCAUACCACACCUUUUCACAAAGCACGGAUUAAUAAUUUCGAAAAAAAUAAGUGUUGACAGAGGUUGCGGUAACAGCGUUAAGGAAGAACCACUUGAUGAGGUGGAUGACGAACCGGUCAUGUUUAACUCGAAGGACUUCUUCCACUUAAAUAAAAAGAAAAGCCACACAAAUGAUUUAUUAAAAGGUACGCAUGCAAAUCAGGGUUCGCACUGCGCGUCCAUACGACGUAAAGAAAUUUAUUAUGAUGUUUGCUACCCAAGUGACAAUCUGCUGAAGCGUAAUUUUCAAAUUGAAGACACUUUAUUUUUGGAUUUCCUCUUGUCACUACUGCAAAUCGAUCCGUGCAAACGGCCCAACGCGGAUGAGGCGUUGAAGCAUCCGUGGCUGAAGCGGAACAUUUACCAUGACGGGUUAUGA